CAUAGUUAAAUAAUGACAACAUCCAAUUUUCGACUUCAGAAAAUUUUCGUUUUCAGUGUAAACUGCGGAUAUUUUUAAAAAUCCCUUUUACGAUGUUUUCUUUUGAUGGACAGUACAAAAGUAGGAGGGCUGUUUCACUCGGAGGUGCAAGUAAAAAGGUAACGUUCCCGUUGGUUUUAUAGUUACAAGUACUAUAUCAUGCAGAAAUGUCAUUUGUUAGUAGACUUUUGUCUAUUACCACAAAAUUGUAAAAGUGAAUUGUGAUGGAAUCAUUCUGCUCUGUUACCUAACUUUCCUACAGCCUUUAUCGCUGAAAGAGCUCUAAUAAUUGUUAGCACGUUUUGACAGAUCGAGUAGUAUUGUAUGGUGUAACAUGUUGGAACACGUACAAAGACAUUCUGUGAUUCACUUGCAUGGUCAGCGUUAGUUGGCAGCUAAACUAGUGUCUGUGUUGCAUUACAUUAUAAGAUGAAUUAUAUACGCAUUUUGGUUGCCUCUUACUUAUGAUCUAUUGGAGGACAGACACAUAGAUGACCUCACCAUUAACAAAAUUUUUCUUUUUAAUCAUAUAAAACAAAUGCAUGCUAUGUCUUUGUGGGUCUGUUCAGUAAUAAAUCACAGAAGACGUCACUGUGUGGGAAGAACAUCUGUGACACACUCGGCUGUACCUCAUGUGCCACUUUUUGUUCUUACCAUAUUUUGACAUCAUUUUAAUUUAUUACUGACUCAGAAUUUGUUUGUUAAUUUGGGAAAUCAAUUAUGAUAGAUCUAACAACCAGUCAACAAUAUGAUCAUCAGUGAGAAAACAUUUUGACACCUUGGGGCUAAAUUCUUAAAAGCUUUACCAUUACUUGUAAUACUUGUAGGAACAAAGAUCCUCCUUAAUUCAAAGAACUCAAGCAGAAAGACAGAAAAGAGAGGUAAAGUAUAAGAAUAUUUGGUGAUUUUUUUCCAGGAUUAUUAAUGUGCAGUACCUGAGACAAGAGAUUUAGAUAAUAACUGUAUUUCCGUUUAUUGGAUCCCAGGAUCUGCGUCGCAAAACUGCAAGUGUUAUCAUAAUUCAGUCUUUUCUCCGUGGAGAGAGGGUGAGACAUCAACAGGUAUAGCUUCUAAUCAGUUCUAAGUUUAUUUAACCCUUUACACCCUAACAUCAGUGUGUAUAUUCUCCAUACUGUUCUCUAUACAUUUCCUAUUGUAUUGACAAAGAGAAUUUGUUCAAUAAUCAAGAACUUCUUUAGUUGGUGAUCAUUCCCUUUUUUCUCAUGACCUCAGUGUUUGUUUUAGGGGUGAUCCUGAUAGGAGAAAUUAGUUGCUAAUCACUCUUAGGGGUUAAAGGGUUAACUAAUAUAAUUUGAUAUGUGAGAUUUAGUUAAAGCAGGACAACAAGGGCCUUGAAAGAAUGUAAUCUUCUGUGCACAUGUAGAAGUAUGAUUGCAUGUGAUAUCAGUUUUUUAUCCCUUUCUUUUCUUUCAGUAUGAGCUUCAGAGAAUUUCAUUUGAUAAGGCAGUCAGCUCAUUAGAAGGAUCCAAAGAUACUCCAACAGCAGAUGUCAUUAGAAAUAUACUAAGAAAGCUUCUUUUCUUUCAUUCUGACUCCAAGGACACACAGAGACUGGUAAAAAAAAUGAUAAGCCUAACCAUGUAACUCAAUUUGUUACAAUUAAUGUUAUGAAUUGUAGUAAAAUCUAGACAUAUUUAAAGGGGUAAGUUUCUAAAGAAACUGUGGUGCUGCGUCGGUGGGAGAGUAUAGCAGGUAAUUUUGUGUUAACAACUGAGUUGAAAACGUUAAUUAGCCACCGUAAAGGGUAAAAAAGCUGACGUUUCGAGCGUUAGCCCUUCAUCAGAGCUCUGAUGAGAAUGAUGAUGAAUAAUCAAUUAGGAGAUUAUUAGUUGAUUCAAUACAAAAUUCUUAAAAAUAACGUCAUAAGAAUUGUAUGGCAGACAGUAAAGAGAAUUACUAUUGACAUCUUGCAAUGGAUAGUUAAACAACAUUAGCUAUAAACAGUGUAAUCAUUUUCUUUUUUUUCUUUCAGAUUUGGAUGUGCCAGUUUCUGUUAAAGAAUGGAAAUACUGUGCAAAAGUUACAAACAAGUGAUCAUCAAAUUUGGCUUCAUAACAUCAAAUGCCUUCUCUUGAUCUGUAGCAGGUAAAUUAGAAUGCCCAUAUCUUUUCCUUUAAUUCCCUUUCUUAACCUCUUCUUCAGAAUGCUUCAAAAGCAGCAACCUAAUGUUAUUUAUCAUCCAAUCCCAUGAAAAAUAAAAGUUAGUAGAAAUAAGCAAUGAAUGCUGUUUGUUUUUGAGCCAUAAGAGAGGGUCAUGAUAAUUGAGAUUUUACAAUAAAGAAAUGACUGGGCUUGCUUAGUAUCAGACUAACUUUGGUCCUUCUAUAAACCUAAGUACUACCUUGGAUAUAUGAUUUUUUGCCUGGUUUAGUCAUCAUGGGCUUCUGUUGGGGUUUCAUUAAAAAACCACAUAACAGGGGUCUACCACUGCCUAUAAAACCUCAUACCAAGGUCUGUUUAGCCUGAUACCAGACUCUGGUAUUUGGGUUUGGUCUUACAUUCCUUUUCUAGGCACAGGUGCCUUUUACAUCAUUGCCAGCUGCUUAUGGAAAAAGUUAUUGGAACCCCUGGCUUCCCCUGAAAAUCAAGAACAAUUUUAGUAUACCUUUAUUUGAAUAUUCUAACAGCAGUGAGUAAUGUUCAGACUGUUAUCACUUAUUUGUAGAGACCCAUUUAUUGAUAAGAUUUGAAUACAAAUGUCCUUUUCAUAGACAUUUUCUCAGUAUCUUUUCAUGGAAUUUGUACCUUUCCCUCUCUCCAGCUUCUGCUUUUAAACAAUAUUUUGUUUUGACCACUGGAUAGUAUUUGCAUUGCAGAGAAAAUUCAGAGAAAUGAUGAAAGUUAUCUCCACAGAUCACUAGAGACAUCAAUCAGAGAUUCUAAAGCUUUUGCUAUUCAGCUGCGUAUGUUGGAAGUUUUCACCUCCCAUAAUUCAUACUAUAAUCCUAAUGAUCCUGCCAGAAGUAGAAAGGAUGCCGCAAUGGUGACAGUUUACCUUGUCAGAAAUGGUAACUACAGAUGUAUAACCCUAGGCAAGAAGUUUAUGUUACACAGUAGUUUCUCACAGACUGUGUACUGUACUUCUUUUGCUUAAUGUCAAUUUUAUAAUUAUGGACUUAAAAAGUAUUAUUCAGUGACCCCUGUUAGAUGUGGUCUUUUAUUUCCAGGACUCUUUUUCAUACAGUUCUUUACUAUUAUUGGGCUGAAGUGUAUCAUUUAUUUGUCAUGUGAGGGAUUAAUAUUAUUAUUAUUAUGUCUAAAAAUCACUUCUAUGUUGACUUUCUCAAAUUCACCUUUUUUGCACGUACAUGUUUAAUUUCAUUUUUCAUGUGUGUGUCAGUUUGUAUUUAUGUACAUGAAUGUAUGCAUAACUACAUUAAUUUGUGUAGUCUGCUGAAGAUCCCUUCUAAAUAUUAUUACAUUUUAUGUAUCCCAUUACCAGGAUAUUUUAGAUAUUUGCGUGUUCUGCUGAAUACCAAAGUUCCAUCCAGCUUAGAGCCAUCUACUGUCCCCCCUACUCCAAUGGCUGCUGCUAUCAGAGACCUGGUGAUGAACCCACUUUACUUCAGCAGCCAGUCCAGUGGUGGAGAAGAAUCUGAAUUUACUGCAAAUGAUAGGUAAAUUUUAUUUUCCUCCUAUGCAUUUCUGUAGUGUUUUCCUCUCCUUCAUGACACCAACUGAGAGCUACCCAGCUUCUUCAAAUUUAAGUUAAUCUUGCUACUGGUUCCCAGCGUUUAUUUGGGAAAAUUAUAAAAGUUAGAGAGUUUGCAAAAAAUAAUGUUAUGCAAAAGUUAACAUAGAUUAUUGUAUUGAUCACAUAAUUAUGACUUAAUCUGCUGUGGUUCAAUUUGUUCUUAUCUUAAAACUUUUAAAAGAUUUUUAUUGUCAUUUGUUUUACUGAAUUAUAGAAAAAAGAAAAAGAAAAGUGUAACUGGUUAGGAAACAUUUUAGCUCUGAAUAAAAAUUGAACUGUGACACAUAAAAAGAAAUUCAAUCAAGAAAUGUUUUUAUCUGAAAGAAAUUUUAAGAGAUGAAAAUAAGCCAGACAAAAAUUAAUUAAUUUCUAUUUUUGGUUUUUUCAGGCAUGCAGUAUUUUCAGCACUCAUUUCUGACAUUCUUUGUCCAGAAAUGACAGAGCAAAUCAUCUGUUUUUUGCUACCAUCAAUAGCAGACCAAUCUGCAAGAUUCCCUUUUAGUCACUUGUUAGAGACCCUCCUGACAGUAUUAACAAAGGCUGAUGAAUCAGGGGGGACCAAUAGUAAGAUCACCCCUACACCCUGGCUACUGUAUGGAGUAUUAGCAUUUGUUAAUACACAUCUAGGUUUGUUCACCUGACUGUUUACUGUGUUCAGUAGUAAAAUCUUCAUUAUUGAUUUUGUAAUUUCUACCUUCUAUAACAACUGUAUACUGUGAUUGAUAAUUUCUUGGUGAGCUGCAGAUCUAAUGAAUUCCUUUUACUAACCAAGGUCAAAGUCCAAGUAAGUGAUGGACCAAUUUUUUUGCUGGGAUUUAUGGCCCAAGCAUGAAAUGCACAAGUCAAAAAUCUGAUUGAAAAAAUGAGGUUUCAGUAUAAAACAAAAAAGCAAGGUUUGUAAGAUUUUAUUUCCUCUCUGAGUUUAAAUAGAGGGGAAAGAUUUCAAUUCAAAAUAAAAACCUUCCAUCUACAAUGAAAUAUAGCUUGUUAAAGUGACUAGUAAUAGCACAUGUCCUAACUGAAAGAUACCAUAAACCAGCAUACACUGGAAUUGAUUGAUGAUUUAAAAGUUUAAGUCUCACGUGCAGUCUGCUAUGUGUACAAGCAUUCCCAGAAAUACUGUCUGUGAAAAGAAAGAGACUCAGGUUAAAAAAAGAAUUGAGCCUAAUAUCCAACCAUGUUCUAUCUCCAGGAUCAACUUCAGAUUUGCCUGUAGUUAAAUGCUAUAUUCAAGUUCUACAAAUGUUGUUGGUACAGCUCCCUCAUCCAGGUAAACAACUUUCACUACAAAUUUUUCAUCCAAAUAACUCCGAUUGACUUAAACUACAAGAAUUCACCAAAUAUUUCCCUUUAAUUGUAAUUUGAUAAUCUCAGUGGGGUUUGGAAAAACAAUAUAAGUUGCUAAUUUGCUCAAAUGAGAAAUUCUUUUUGUUCUUGAAAAAACAGAUCAUCUUUGUAAAGCUAUGUGCUGAAUUAAAGUAAUAUGGUAUGCAUGCAUUUACAUGUCUCCUCUUUGAAUGUUCCAGUUUCUAGAAUGUCAGAUGAUGAAGAUGACAGUGAUCCUGAAAUGGAGAUAGAUUCUUCACAGGCAAGUAAAAAUUCUUAAUUGCAUUUGUAUGCAAUGUAAAUGGAUGUACAUUGUAGUAUUGUUAGAAAUUCAAUAAGUAGGGAAUUUUUUCACCCCAGUCUUACCUUUAUUUUGUACUACAUAGUAUUCCUAAAAAAUUCAAUUUCUUUCUGACAAGGAACAUGCAUACUUGUAAUGUCAUUUUUCUAAAGGAAGUUGUUGAGUGAUACUCCCCAACUGUUAUAUAGUUGUAAGUUUUAUUUUGGUCUGGAUUUGAUUUUUUUUUACUAACUGCAUUGUACUUUACAUUUACUCACUGUUAACUUAAAAUAAAAUGAAAAUUGUUGUUUUUCACAGUCAUCUUUAGAAGACCUGAAAGAAAAAUGCUUGGAUAUCCUUGAUUCUAAGGAUCAUGUAAAGACUCUGGAAUCACUUUUAACAAGGUAUACCAAUGUAAUGAGGUCAUUUUAACUUGUUUUUCCCUAGAUAAUUUUAACAGUUUCAAAAAUUUGAAUUUAGAGUGAUGUUGAAAGCUUGAACAAAUAACUAAAUAAUGAUUUCAUAUUUUCAUUUGUUUCUAGACACAAAGAACUAGCUUAUGAGGAAGAAGUUAUCAGAGCACUUUGCAACAUUUGUCAUUUCUUGAUGUCUGAGAGCAGACUGCCAAUACACAAGACUAGGUCUGUAGUUUGAGAUAAGAGUCAAAACCUUUAGCUUCUAAUGAGUACUGCUGGGGAUGCUGUGGCAUCAAGGCUCAAUAUUCAAACCAAAGGUUGUGUUAUUACAAAUUUUGAUAGUGGCAAUCUCUAUCAGGGGGUAGGAAUGUGAGCUAGUGAACAGUAAGAAAGAUUUUAGAGAAUAGGAGGGUAAGUUACUGUGAGCUUCCUGUCAGGGUCAUUGAGGAAUAUCAGUAUUCAUACUCACACAUACUCUAAAACCCGAGACAACCACUGGCAUUGUAGGCUCCCUGAACUAUGUGAAGAACUACACACUGUAGCUUACUAAUGAAGAAUGGGCAUUGUUUGAUGUAAAUUAGUGUGGUUUAUCUUUACAUAUUAUACACUUAUUGAUUAUUCAAUGCAUUUUUCAGCAUGCAACUAGUUUAUUUUUCCAUUGUUUUCUUCGUACACUAGGCUUUUAUACACUCUGGCACUGAGUCCAGCAUUUGUAAGAGAACUCUGGACCAAUGUACAGUCAGUCACAGUUUUUACCAAUACAGGGUAAGUUGAAAUGUCAAGGCAGUGCAAUGAUCAGUUUGAAUGGUGAGCUGAAUUCUUUUUCUUAGAAUAUUUUUCUGCUUAAGCCUUAGCCUAAUAGGAUGUAUUUGUGCUCUUCAGCUGUGUACUUGUGAUAGGACCAAAAUUUUUCACUUAAAAGCAAAAGACAACCAGAGUGGUAGUUUGUUUGUGGAAAAUUCUAUUUUGACUUACAUUCUAGAAGAAGUAUUUCUACUUGCCUACAUAUAUGUUUCAAAUUUUAAUCUAAAUCUGACAUUUCUUCUUUCUCUCUGCUAAUUUUUCAUUUUCUGUUUUUUUUUGUUUUUGAAACAGGAAAGAAAUCCCCUUGUUAGAUCUCAUAUGUCGUGGGACAGAUCUUUCAACACAAGAAGCCGGUGCUGUUACUCCACUGUUAUCUUUGUUGUCAUCACUACUAAGCAGUACUUUGUUUUCUGUUCAUGACAAUGAAUUUUAUGGAGUAGAAGGUUAGCUGUAAAGCAUUAGCCAAACGUUUUUGAGAAUGUAAAAUUGAAAUAAAUUAAAGUGGAUACAUGUGCAUGGUGUAGAGUCUAACAAUCAGUUAGUCAUUGAAUGGAUCAGUGAGUUAGUGAGUCAGUCAGUCAGUCAGGUAGUCAAUGCCUUACUAUGUGUCAGAGGUGAGUCAGCUAGCAAUAAAUUGAACAGUUUCACAUGGUAUUGAAAGUAAACUGUACAUUAUGUAUAAUCAGUCAAUCAAAUAGUGAGCCAAUGUUAACAUUGAUAAAUAGAAAUAAUAGACAAGCAAGCAGCCAGAUAGGCAGACAGACAGAUAGACAGACAAACACACAGCCAAACAGACACACACAGCCAGACAGAUAGAAAGACAGACAGAAGGACAAUCAGAAAGAGGGAUAGGCAGACAGGUAAAGUCUGUAAGUUAUCCUACCUCCAUGCAAUAUCCAGAAUUAUUUCCAUUAUAAUUAUAACCUUCAAUUGAGUAAUGUUUGGAUAGUGGUAACAUUAUCAAUUUUUCAAGCUCUGCUCACAUAAGCUUCUCAUAUUUUUCAGGUCAAAGAAGUUCAUUCAUGCCAUUUUCUCUCAAAGAAAUCGAGCACAUGUCUUCAGUCUUGUGUACUGUUGUGAUAGGAAUAAUCGAGAUUAUCUACCCAGACGUAAGCCCAGCUUUUACAGGGCAGUACCUUGCUGCUAUGAAGAGUGUUGGAGCUAAGUCAGCCCUGAUGAAAAAAGAUGAGUUUUAUCCCAAAGAAAAGUGGAUCAAGCUUCUAAAGGUUUAUCCCAAAGAAAACUCUGGAUCAAUGUUUCGCUUUGCUGGUAAAAUUAAAAGGUUGGUUUUGGGGUUUGCAUUUUUUUCUAUUUUUCGGUUUUUGUGAUAGUUUUGUGUUCAGUCAUCGGUUUUCCUUCUGACGAAAAAAUAGGUUUUCAUUGCAGCGUUUCUUUUUCCAUUUGCACUCUGCUAAGUUUUCUUAUGGAUGUUUGUAUCGGAUCGAUUAUGGUUUUGAUUAACGGUUUUGCAUUUUUUUUUGCUUUUGUGGUUUUGGAUGAUUUUUUCCAACGGUUUUGUGGUUUUAAUUUUCCCCUCCUAAGUGUAAUGCAAACCAGUAUUUGGUAUUUUCAUGCAGUGAUUGUGAUCUUGGACUUGUAGUUUGUGUUGAGCUCAGACGAGGGUAACGAUCUCUGUAUUCCAAGACAAGACAAAACAGCUCAAACAUAGUGCCUGUUACCAACCACUAUAAUAGUAUGUUCACUACAGGUGUACGCCGUGUAUCCGGCUAAGCUAUAAUGCACAUUUAUGAUAAAUUCCUUAAUUUUCUGCCCAUGAUUAUACUGUUCUUUGACAUAAAAGUUGUUUUCCUCCUCAAUAGGACGUGACCUGCCUUGUUCGGCAGCUCCAUUCAAGAGACUCCAGGAGACAGUUCUGUCCUGAAGGCCACUGGCUGUCACACAGAGUUAACAUAGACCCAGCACAGGUAGACAGGAUUCUUAUUUUUUCGGAUGCUCGAUUGUUUAAAAAAAUUUUAGCAUUCAAAUUUAAUUUCAGGCCCCUAUUUUUUAUGUUUCAGUCUGUCGUCUCGUAGUAAUGUUGUAAUUGUAGUUUCACAACCUUGAGAAAGCUUCACUUUCCGAUUCUUUGUACUUGUUUUUGACCAAUUAUGAGGAAAUUGUUCAGUAGUUGGAAAAUCUUGAAAAAUUGUUUUUUCUAACCAAUUUGGAGGUAGGAGUAAAGCCCUUCUUGACUCAAAAUCGUUUUCUUCUGCCGGCUUCUUGUUCUGUGAUUAUCUCAUUUGGUCAUUUGCUUGUAUUCUUAAAGAUUUCCUCAUUUAAAGGUUGAGAUUCUUGAACGUUUAAGAAUUUUAAACCGUUUAACUUGAUGUUAUUCGUUUUUAUCCUCUGAACAGAUGAAAAUUGACGGUUUUCUCAAUGAAGAAGGUAACUUGCGAUUCUUUGUUCACGUUUAACGGUGGCAAACGUCUGAUUAUCUAUAUGAGCUAAGGGGAUACAUAUUCAGAUGCUUUGUAGAGGGCUCAAAUCCCAUUUUUAAGUGCGGUUGCGGUUGAAAUGGGCUUAAGAUAUGGUUUUUUGGCAGACCUAGCGAACAAGCAGGAACAUUUCCAGAAAAAUUCUGCGCACUCAGAUAGCCUUCUAGUUCAGGUGUUCUGGCCUCCUUCGCAGCCAUUCUAUGAAAUUUCAGACAACGCUCCCGUCGUGAAGAACAACUGCGGGGAAAUUAAUGGCCCUCUUGUUCUUGUGUACUAUCGUUUUAAGGGAUAGAUGUUAUCCGUGUCAGUUCGUCUUUCUCUUUUGGAUGUAAGGAUUCACCUUUCAUCCAUUGUUUGCUUUAAGGUACCGUAGAAGGAGUUCUAUCUUCCAGCACAGCUAGGAACAUGGCCAUUCUUCAGUACAUUCCGUUUGUUGUUCCUUUUAAAGACCGAGUUAAGGUGAGGUUGCUUUUGUAAACGAUUUAAGAGCAAUUUUCAUACAGCCUUAAAAAUAAUCUGAGAUUGCACUUGUUAGUAAACUUGCACAACCAAUCAGAUACAAAACCAAAUCAAUGGCGACUUGCUUUUUCCCGCCAUUUACUUUGACAGAUACCUUUGAUCUGAUUGGCUAAUAAUUUUGAUCAGUAUUAUUUUAGAUUUACGAUACUUUAUGGAGAAGGGUGCUAAAAUACGUAGAAGGGAGAUAUGUUAAGGUUCGCUCACAAUUGGUGUGUUUUGUUUCUUAGUUGCUCCAGAGAAUCGUCGCAAAAAAUCGUUUGGAUUCCCAGGGAGAGCUGCAUAACUUUAUGAUGGGACCAGCCAUAGAUGUGACAGUGAACAGAAACUACAUCUAUCAAGAUGCUUUUGAUCAGCUGACCGAAGACAAAGGUCGUUAGAGAUAAUUAGCCAAACGUUUGAACUUAGAGAAAUAUGUAAGCUUUAGUCACGAACGUGACACAUUUAAAAAGGUGUAAGUUCCCAAAAUUAAACGAACAUCAGAUCUAAAGAUUUCGCGGAUGCUCUACAACUAAGCUUCAGGGAACUCGUUAGUGGGCCAGGUUAUCUUCCAGUUUCAUACGUGACAAGUGUCCUGUCUAAUGAUAGUCAAUAUUCAGUGUACACACAGGGUGAGGGAGAUGGUAAAUUUUGCGGUUCGUCGUCGAAUAACGGCUAUAUUUAACCCUUUAACUCCCAGAUCAAAUUUGUAACUCUCCUUACUGUCAACCAUACAAUUCUUAUAAUGCUAGUUCACAGAAUUUAAUUUUCAAUCAACUUAUUAUUCCCAAAUUGAUAUUUUUCUUUAUUCUCAUCACUUAUCUGGUUGAUAUUGUAUUGAUAUUGUGAGGAGAAAUUCUGCCUUGGUCACUCAUGGAAUUUAAAGUAUAUUAAUAUAUAAUAAUUUUGUUCAUAAAAUAUAUUUUUUAUUUGUCUUCUAUUUUACUCAAACACCUCAUAGUUUGUGGCUACUUUUCCUCUAACAGCACCAAAUUUAAGACAAAAGCUUCGCGUUCGGAUGAUAAAUGCUCAAGGACUGGAGGAAGCAGGAGUGGACGGGGGCGGAAUUUUCAGGUGAGAGAUUAACUUUGACUAAUGAAAAACUUUAUAUUCUCUCGAUCUGUACUUGGAAGACUCGAUAUUCUGUGGAAAGAGGUUUUGAUGCCUCUGUCAAACGUUGAGAAUUUAUCAAGUGUGUUCUUAAUGAAAAUGGAAUGUUGGAGACGUAGCACGACAUACACACUGAAACACAUGCACUUAUAAGUACCAAUUUGCUGUCGAUACUCUCCCUCCCAAGAGCUAUUGCUACAUCACCUAAAAGAGCUAAGUCACGAUUUAUUGACUUAUUUUAGUUUCGUACGAAAAGCCUUAAUGUAGGAAAACGUCUCGAAAUAGUUGUCUGCUGGGAUUAAAAAACAAAAAGAGACAACAAAAAGGAACGAGAACGGUUAAAGAUUGAGAAGAUUGAAACGGAUUUUAAAUGACGGCCACGAAAACUUUAGAUCGCCGGACAUAUUUUUGAUAAGCCCCUCUAACUACUCUUGCUUAACGAUUUAAUCUGAUUUAAUCAUACGCGCUUUUUUCAUUUCCCGUACUCCUUUCAUACAGAGAAUUUUUAAAUCAGUUGCUCAAAGCUGGAUUUGAUCCUAACAUCGGUUUCUUCAAGGCAACACAUGAGCGACUCCUUUAUCCCAAACCAGAGGUAUGUUUGUGCUCUGACUGUAAUUCUCUCAUUUAUGCUCUACACAUUUACUUGUAAUUUAGUUCAGAGAAUUUGGUGUUACAUCAAGAUAACCGCUUCUUGCAGAUAAAUUUGUCUACUCUCAUUACCUAAAGAAAUAAGGGGGGGGGGGUUAGUUUCUAAAGAAACCGUGGUGCUGCGUCGGUGGGAGAGUAUAGCAGGGUAAUUUAGUAUUAACAACUGAGUUGAUAAUGUAAAUUGGCCACCGUAAAGAGUUUAAAAGCUGACGUUGCGAGCAAUCGCUCUCACGAAAGGCUAAUAAUCGAAACGUCAGCUUUUAAACUCUUUACAGUAGCAAAUUUACGGUAUCAACUCAGUUGAUAAUACUAAAAUACCCUGUUAUACUCUCGUUACCUGUUUACCAGAGGCUGUGUCGAUAUUGUUAGGAGCUUCAGCACUAAAUUAUGCAGGUCUUUUAGUAUUUUUGUAUGUUUUGUUUUACCCAGGCUGCUAUUUUAGAGAGGAAUUAUCUGAAACACUAUCAUUUUCUGGGACGAAUGUUAGGAAAGGUUAGUCCUACUUUUUUUUAAAUCACCCUUUGUGGUUUUCAUAAGUUUAACUUGAUUAUUUGUUUGUUUGAUUUAAAUUUUGUUCAUUUGGUUGUUUUUGUUAUUACUUUUUUUCCUUUUUCCUUCUCUCUCUUCGGUUUCGGAACAUUUUUUGUGUUGUCUUCGCUAAGCUAUUUAUUUGAUUUAACCCGGCUCAAAAGACUUAUUCUUACGCUGCAGCUUAUUUUACAAAGGUUACACAAAAUUGACCAAGUAUGGGAAACGAGCAAAGAAUUCCAUCUAAGUUCUUUGUCAUCGCUUCCUUUGACGUUAAGUAAUGAUUAGCACAAUGGAAUGAUUUAGUCGGAAUCACUGUAAUCUGAUUGGUUGAUUUUGUGUGAGUGAUGCUGAUAGUAAAAGUGGCACAGGAAACCCAGCUAAUCAAUGAGAACAAACCUCAUUCUUUUCACUUCUUUUCAACGAGUCUCAAAUUCCGAUCGAUUAACGCGAUUUGUUGAGAAUCACAAGAGUGCUUGCUAAGAAUUAUUCUAUGACUUAUCGCACUGCGAGAUGUCAAUAUUUUGCGAUUGGUUUAUUUGUUUGUUUGUUUAUUUAGGCGUUGUAUGAGAACAUGUUGGUAGAGCUACCAUUCGCGAGCUUCUUUCUGUGUAAACUUCUCAGUAAGCACGGUACCGAUGUAGAUAUACAUCACUUGGAGUCCCUUGAUCCAGAAAUGUACAGGUGAGGUUUAUGUUGAACGGACAAUUGGCACAGAGAGCCUUAGUUAGUUUGCGUAGCAAGGAAAAGGCGAGGAUGAUAGUCGAAAUUAUCGUGAAAACUGAGAUUUAGGUCAUGCACGAUUUCUUGGAAGAAUUCAAGAUUUUAGUCACAAUCAUAAAAUGUCUCUAGGAAGAUAAACUAGAAAUAUUUUAAGGUGGGAUAACUUGAUGUGUAACGUAAAAUAAAUAGAGCUGUUGGAGAAAGCCUACCUCUGUAUUGACUUAACUAUUUCACUCCCAGAUCUCGAUAAUAAUUCAUAUUACUGUCUGCCAUACAAUUCUUAUUUAUUCUUAUUAUUCCAAUUUAUCUUUGGAUCAAUUUAUAGUCCCCUAGUUGACAAUUUUCCUUAUUCUCAUCACUUGUCUGCUUGGUGGUGUAUUGAUAUUGUGAUAAGAAAUUCUGUCUUGAUCAUUCACGGGAGUUACAGGGUUAAGAGCCGAAAUUUAUCGUAGGCUUCAAGUCAUUCUUGUGGAAAGCUUCUUAAAAGUCUGUGACAAUUGAUUCAAAACAUGUAUCCUACAGGUAUCCCCCACAGGUAUCUUAGCCUUGCUAAAUAAGUGCCCUGGAAGUUAGAGACUUACCUCUAACAUUUCUACUAUUUAUUGUGGUGUAAAGAAAAGGAAAUAUUUAUGUAUUCUUUAAUUUUUUUUCUUUUAGAAACUUGCUGUUUCUUAAAAAUUACAGUGGAAAUGUCGAAGAACUGUCACUAAAUUUCACAGUGGUGAAUAAUGACCUUGGAGAAAGCCAGGUAAUUCGAGCUGCUAGCUUUCAUAUAAUUUUUUUACUCUCCUGAAACACCCUUCCCUCCCCACCUUCCAAACUUAAAUGCGACGCUGGUUUACCUCACCCCCCCCCCCGCUCCCUUCUGCUCAUGCCUCUGAGGCCAUUCUCUAUCGUUGCUUUACAGGUUGUGGAGUUAAAACCAGGUGGUCGAGAUAUUCCUGUCACCACCAGCAACAGAAUCAGCUAUAUUCAUCUUGUGGCCGACUACAGGCUGAACAAACAGGUCAGUCCGAAAAGUCUCUUUUUACCACCUAUUUAUUUUGUCAUGUUAUCUAAAGAGGUGGCUUUGUUUACACCCAUAUUUUGUUAUGUUGUUAUUUUACACUUGGCUUGAUUGUGGCAAACUUGAGAAGUUAAUGUAAUCUCUCUGUUGCCAUUUGUUUUAGAUUCAUCGUCACUGUGUAGCAUUCAGGGCAGGCCUAUCAGAUGUCAUCAACCUAGACUGGCUAAGGAUGUUUGAUCACAACGAACUACAGGUGAUUUUGUCUCUUAACCCUUUACCUCCUAACUUCAGUAUACAUUUUUUCCAGACUGUUCCUUGUACAUUUUCUAUGGUACUAAAAAAGAGAAUUUGUUUAACAAUCAAGAGCUUCUUUAGUUGGUGAUCAUUUCCUUUAUCCUCAUAACCUCAAUGUUUACUUUAGGGGUGAUACUGACAGGAGAGAAUAGUUACUAAUCACUGUUAGGGGUUAAAGAGUUAAUAUGCAGAUAUAUUUUUAAGAAAAAUGGUUCGAGUCUCUUUGUCGGUGAAUUCUGUGAAACCAUGUUUUAUAUUUAAGAAUUUUGUUUUCUCCUUGGCAUCAAGCUACCAACCUAUUUUUUUUGUGAUUUUUUUUUUUGUGUAGGUACUUAUAUCAGGUGCCUUAGUUCCAGUAGACUUGGAGGACCUUAAAAGAAACACAAACUAUUCAGGUACAAGACUGUUGGUAGGAUGGUCAUAUUAACUGGUGAUGGUUACGUGAAAUUACUCUGAGAUCUUAUUGGUUCGUUAUGUUGUUUCGUUUACUUAGAUCGGCAGUCACAACAUGAAGGGUUAUUAACAGAAGGGCACGUGAGAGUCAUUGUUUGCGAUGCGCAAAUUUUCCUAAAAUAUCAGGAAAACAAAAAAUUUUUGUCUAAUAAGGUAGACUAACAAGAAACUGAAAAGACUAAAUGAAAACGGGUGAAGAAUAGUUUAGGGUGGAGAAGAUUUACACGAAUUUUGAUGAUCGCCCUGAGAAAGAUUGCAAUUAAAUUCUCAAGAUGCUCAAGCAGCGACGUAGAUCGUUUGUAACGAUAUUAACAACUCCUAAACAUUUCAGGUGGCUUUACGGAAGACCAUCCCUGUAUGCUUUCAUUUUGGCGAGUUGUCGGUCAGUUCACGGAUACACAGAAGCGUCAGCUGUUGAAAUUCGUAACGAGCUGCUCGCGUCCUCCACUCCUCGGUUUUAAGGUCAGCUAAGUCUCUUGAUCCUACACUUACUUAAGUGGCACGGGCGGGGUAUAUCCUCCAUCAAGUUGUGAAGUAGGUAAAGAGUACCUUGAUUCCAUCCUUGUCUUUCCUUUACAUUACUUAUCGAGGGAAGCAGGGAUGACGCAGUGUUAGAGCGCUUGCCUUUCACCGCUGAAGCCUGGGUUCGAUUCAUUGUUGUUAGUUCUCUUUCAUGUUGCAAGGGUUUGUUUCUGAGUUCUCCAGUUUUUCGUUCCAGAAAAAGAGAGCAACAUUCUACGUUGCACUUCGAAGUGGAAACAGUGGACGAGAAGAACCAUUUCGUGAAUCUGUCACUGCUAAAAUGUAACGUCUAUUUAAUUUUUUUUAAUUUUUGUAUUUAUUAUUUUCUCUUUUUCCUUUAGGAACUCCACCCUCCCUUCUGUGUGCACAGUGCGGGGCCUGAGGAUAGACUCCCGUCAGCCAGUACAUGUAUGAACUUACUCAAGUUACCAGAGUAUUUGGACGACGAAACCAUGAAAGAGAAACUGUUAUAUGCUGUAGAAUCAGGCGCAGGAUUUGAGCUGAGCUAAAAACUGUCAAAAGUGUCGUCACUCGGCUGUACGCGAGAAACAUCGCAACUUGGCCAUGAAGUAAGCUUGACGCGUUCUGGUAGAAAGUGGAUAAAUUUGCGUUUAGUUCCUUGUAGUUGGUGGAAAAGACGAUGUUGAGACAGGCUCGCACGAGAAUUGUUUAUCAAUCGAAUGUGAUGUGAAAGCGUCUUCUGGAAAGCUUUGGAAAAGACCAUGUACGAACUCGCUCCGAUUUACAAUCCGAAUUUUUAGUCACUAGAGAUGUAAAUGAGACCCUGUCAAAAAGACACAAAUGUAUAACGUAUCUUCUACUUCAAGUGCAGUAACCUCAAGGGUUUAAAAAGUCACACCUCUAUUCAAACACUAUUUUCACCGGUUAGAGUUUUAUCGGAAGAGUCGGAUCCGUACAGCGAAAUCAUCAAAGUACGCUUCUGAAAUAAUGUUGAGUUUUUCAUUUUACCAAUUUGUAACUCAGCAGUUGUGGAAGUUCAAUCCAGAAAAGUGGAAACAUUUGUAUUUAUAGAGAACAACGUGCUGUAGAACUGACCAACUCGCCUGGAAAUAAAGGAAGGGAGAAAGAGGUUUUGAAAGUUCCUUCUUUUUCUGCUUUUGUAAAAUUCAAGAGAAGUCAAAAAUGUAAAUAGAGUAUUACAUUUGUCUCGUAGUAUUUUUGUUGAAUGGCUGGCAAAAUGAUAGGACGGUUCAAUCAGGUGCACCUGAAAGAUUAGUCCACCAAGAUUAGGAAAUAUCUACUGUAUAUCGUAAGUCAACUUCUCAUUCCCCAAAUCAGUGCAUUAAAGAAGAGCAGUAACCAGAUCCUAUCUUAUCGUCCCCAGAAUAUGCAUGGCCGAUCUAGGAUGACUCUGACGAACGAAACCUGGUUGCUUAGUCAUUUAUGUUGUAAGCCACGUCAUGGAUAUUGCCUCUUGAAGAGCUAAGCUAAAUGUUUUUUCAUUCUCAACCUCGUAUUUCUUUCUUUACUCGUUGGUGUUAGUCUGCUCCAAAAAAAUUUUUUUAUAUCCUACGCAAUCAAAGUGACUCAAAGAGUUGUAAUUUAGUUCUUAACAUUCUGUUGCAUUAACUAGCUUGUAGGUUCAAGUGCCUUUACUUUUACUGAGUCACUACAACAAAAUUAACUAAUCAAAAUGUUGGAAGCGAACCGGACAGUGACUUUAGCUAAAUCUGUCAACUGUGCUAAUCAGUGUUUGAGAUCAAGGCAAGGGAAGAUGGCAGAGAAUUUAGUUGAAACUCAUUUCAGGUUUCCUGUAAUCGAGUUGCUGAGUUUUGUGGGAGUGAUUCUGGUAACAGUAACCGCAGUGUAAUUUGUUUUGUUACAGAAAGCGCCAUGCUUUUUGUAGUGACGAGGAAGAAAUAUUCUGUACUAAGUCAAAACGGUAAUAAAACUCUC